AUGAGAGAAGUUGUCUCUAUUCACGUGGGUCAAGCUGGUGCCCAAAUAGGAAAUGCUUGUUGGGAAUUAUACUGUUUAGAGCACGGCAUUUUACCGGAUGGAACACUGUUGGAUGAUAGUUCCGUGGAUAAUGGAUCAUUAGGCACAUUUUUCUCUGAAACAGAUUAUGGAAGAUUUGUCCCAAGAUCAUUGUUUGUAGAUUUAGAACCUACUGUAAUAGACGAAAUCCGAACUGGAGUUUACAAACGGCUUUUUCAUCCGGAGCAACUUCUUACAGGCAAAGAAGACGCUGCAAACAAUUAUGCGCGUGGACACUAUACGAUUGGAAAGGAAAUUAUUGACACAACGAUGGAUCGGAUCAGGCGAAUCACUCAAAACUGCGACGGAUUGCAAGGCUUCUUCGUGUUCCAUUCAUUCGGUGGAGGAACCGGAAGUGGAUUCACUUCAAUGUUAAUGGAGAAACUCUCAUCGGAGUAUGGGAAACGGAGCAAACUGGAAUUCUCAAUAUAUCCAGCGCCGCAGGUUUCAACAAGUGUUGUGGAGCCGUAUAAUUCGAUUCUGACAACUCAUACGACGCUCGAGCACUCGGAUUGCUCAUUUAUGGUGGACAACGAAGCGAUUUACGAUCUUUGCAAAAAUAAUUUGAACGUUCCUAGGCCAUCCUACACAAACCUGAACAGAAUAAUAUCACAGGUGGUCUCUUCCAUAACAGCAUCACUAAGAUUCCAUGGAGCCCUUAAUGUUGAUUUGAACGAAUUUCAAACUAAUUUAGUUCCAUACCCGCGCAUUCAUUUCCCAUUAGUCGCUUACAAUCCGCUAAUCUCCAAUAAGCAUACUAGCUACGAGAGCUUCAGCGUCAAAGAAAUCACCGAAAAGUGUUUCGAGCCUUCAAGUCAAAUGGUCAAAUGCAAUCCGCAUGACGGAAAAUACAUGGCGGUAUGCCUACUUUAUCGAGGCGACGUCGUACCGAAAGACGUUAAUCAAGCGAUCACCUCGGUUAAACAAAUGAGCGGGAUUCAUUUUGUUGAUUGGUGUCCUACGGGAUUCAAGGUCGGAAUCAACUUUCAGCCGCCUACCGUAAUACCAAAUGGUGAUUUUGGAAAAAUGCCAAGAGCUGUCUGUAUGUUGUCAAAUACCACAGCAAUUGUCGAAGCAUGGUCAAGGUUAAACUACAAAUUCGAUUUGAUGUAUUCGAAGCGCGCGUUUGUACAUUGGUAUGUUGGAGAAGGAAUGGAAGAAGGAGAAUUUUCAGAAGCUCGAGAAGACUUGGCAGCGUUAGAGAAAGACUACGACGAAGUUGGAGCUGAUUCAAUUACAGACGAGCAGGAGUCCGAUAAUUAUUAA